GUCAACCCGGGUCUGGUCCUGCCCCGCGGUCCCUUGGCGCGGGAACAUGGCGGAGGCGGCAGGCCAUGCGGGAUCGCCGGGUCCCGGUGUAGCCCCGGCUGGGGAGGGCGCGGAGCUGGCGGCCGUUAUCUGCGCCACCGUGCCCACCGGGUUCGAGCUGAUGGCGGCCGAGGAGGUGCAGGAGAAGCUGGGCUCGGCCGCCCGCAUCAGCAGGGACCGCGGGAAGAUCUACUUCGAGGUCCCGGCGCAGGGCCUGCCGCAGGUCCAUCGCCUGAGGUCAGUGGAUAACUUGUUUGUUGUUGUUCAAGAGUUCAAAAACUAUGAAUUUAAAGAAACCAAGGAGGAUGCUCUAAAGGAUUUGGAAGAUUUGGUUAAAAAGCUGCCCUGGACUGAUCCAUUGAAGGUUUGGGAGCUGAACAACAGCUUAAAAAAGAAAAAGACAAAACGCAAAAAACACAAUCGGCAGAGUACUGUGAGGAAGGAGAAGCUGAAUAGUGACUGUCCUGGUUUAAACCAUGACAGCGACGGAGAAGACAAAGAAGCAGAUCAAAAAGACAGCAAGAAAGAGGAGGACUAUGCCCAGGACACUGCAGGUGUGGAACCUGCUGAUGGUCAGGAUACAGAAAAGACACCAGAAGUGGCAUCCCAAAAUGAGGAAAAGGAAGAGGAGGGUAACAACGAACAACCAGAUGCUAAAGAUGAAUUGCAGGCAGGUGCUGGGACUGAAACCGAGGCUGGUGACAGCAGGACAAGCGAUGGAGAGGCGAAGGUGUUGAAGUUCCGUGUGACGUGCAAUAGAGCAGGAGACAAGCACAGUUUUAGCUCAAACGAGGCUGCGAGAGACUUCGGUGGAGCUGUGCAGGAGCACUUCCAGUGGAAAGCUGACAUGACUAACUUUGAUGUGGAGGUUCUUCUGAAUAUUCACAAUAAUGAAGUAGUUGUGGGUAUUGCAUUAACAGAGGAGAGUCUUCACAGACGGAAUAUUACACAUUUUGGACCCACAACUCUGCGUUCAACUCUCGCUUACAGCAUGCUUAGGCUCUGUGAUCCACAGCCAACGGACAUCGUAAUUGAUCCUAUGUGUGGUACAGGUGCAAUACCAAUAGAGGGAGCUACAGAAUGGCCUAGCUGCUGCCACAUCGCUGGUGAUAACAACCCCCAAGCUGUAAAGAAAGCAGCAAACAACAUCUGUUCUUUACUAAAGAAAAUUGAGAAUAAAGAAAGCAAUGCUUCCCCAGGCGUACCCUUAGACAUCAUCCAGUGGGAUAUUUGCAAUCUCCCUUUGCGAACUGGAUCUGUAGACAUCGUUGUGUCAGACAUGCCGUUUGGAAAGAGAAUUGGGUCCAAGAAGAAGAACUGGGAUCUGUAUCCAGCCUGCUUGAUGGAGAUGGGCCGGAUCUGCACACCAGGGACAGGCAGGGCCGUGCUGCUUACACAGGACAAGAAAUGCUUUGCCAAGGCCUUGUCACGACUGGGCCACAUCUGGCGCAGAGCUCAAACUUUAUGGGUGAACAUCGGGGGCCUUCAUGCUUCAGUGUACCUCCUGAGACGCACCUGGGAAAGAGCAGAAGAAAAAUGAUUGUUCUGGUAACCUUCACAGAAGAAGGAACACCUCCAGAACUUGUUGAAUUGCAUUUUCUUAAAACAGACAUUCAAGAGCAUACACCCAACAUUUCCUAAAUAAAAACCCAAACAACCUGUGUAGAAUUGGGUAACACAAAUACUAAACCAGGAGUCAACUUCAGAGCUACUGCUUGUACUAUGUUCUGAAACCUUGUUAUUUAAAUCACUUCUUUACUCCCCACCACCCAAAAAGUGGUGAAAGUUUGUAGUGGAAUUAGUAAUGCUUUCCUUUGCCUGAGUCUUCUCUACCAUGUUCAGUGUUGUUUUCAGUUCAAUUUCCUCUGCUUACAGUAGAAAACAUGUUGAGGCACCUUUGGAGGUAAUGGUUAAUUUAUUUCCCAAACUGUAGAACUUCUAUAUGCAUCUGAAAGUGACUAACAAAGACUACUCAGACUGCCGCCUUGAAGGAUUUAGUGUCUCUUUAAUGUAGGAUUUUUCCAGAUUGAAGUUAUGUAGUUUAUACAGUUGCCUAAAUGCACACUAAGAUAAUAAACCACUAUCUGUUUCGUUACGGUCUGAUAAGCAGAUGCCAAUUAGCACACAGGAUGCUGAUGCUACUGUUUUUCAUGCCUAUUACCUCAACUUAGUGCUUGCUAUUAGUAAACAUCUCCUCCAUCUUUUAAUGUACCACUGCCGUGGGUGAGGGGACACACACACACAGCCUUAGCAAACUAACUGUAGUUACUACUGGAGAAUGUUUAGCAGUUCUAUUAGCAAGUUAUCGUUUUCAGUGUCUGCUGUAGACACAUCCAGGUGGCAUUAUGUUUAAAUUUGAGGUGAUUUAAGUGCCACAGUAGUUACCAAAUAUUACCCAUUGAAUAACUUGAAGUUGCAAAUAUUUUUUUCCUCCUGUCAAUGUACUGUGAUUUCUCAAGCCUCUUCCUUGGCUCAGAGCACGAGUUUGCCGUUAAACUGUUCACGCUCAUUGUGUUUAGAGGUGAAUUAACAACUAUUAAAGUUUUUCAGGUUUUCCAUAGGA